AUGAAGCUCUGGUCACGUGACUCGCCACAUGCUCCGACUAAGUCGCUGUUUUGCAUCUCUGCAGGCUUCAUCGCAAAACGCCCAGAUGAAGCAUUUUUGCCCAGGCUCAAUUCAGCUCCGAGCGCUAAGACCUCUGGAAAUAAAGACGCCUCACAGCCUACGAUAACGAUAUCCACAGACGCUACACAGCCCGAAUUCAUUAAUACCUUAACCGGAUCGAAAUUACCGGUUGGAAGAUCAACUUACUCCGAGACCUCCGAAGUCAUAGAUGAUGUCCCUCUCAUCAAGUAUGGUGACAAAUACAUUCAACUCGUUGAUACACCUGGCUUCCAAGACACUCGGUAUGGUAACGAAAUACCCGUGUUCAGGAACAUCAUUGAUUGGCUCGCAGCCCGGUAUUCCGGAAAAUUGAGGACCGUUGGGAUUAUUUUCCUUAGGCCAAUCGAACAGACUAGGGUUUUGAGACCUGAAGCACAGCUCAUGCAAAUGUUCAAAGAUUUGUGCGGAGAAGAUUGUCUUGACCGGAUCGUCUUAGUUACCACUAGGUGGCAUCCUGACUCGGACGAAGAAGAAGAGGCCCGUGAGAAGGAGAUUAUAACUGAUGUAAAAAGAUUUGGAACUUACGGAAGCAAGAAAGUUCGGGCUCAAAGGCUCCAGAAUAGAUACACAAAAGAAGAUGGAAUGGGAAUAGUACAACUAUUUGCGCCAAGGACUCCCGUGACACUUCAAGCGCAACGUGAGGUUGUCGAUGUUGGUUUGACAUACAAUCAGACAACGGCUGGGGCGCACCUAGAGAUUAUUUUGCUUGAUAUAAUUGAAAGGUUAACUGAAGAUAAUCGAUAUCCCCGCAAAGACUGGGAAUACGCACUACAGCAAGUCCAGACAUUACAAGAACGACCGAUUUUUUGGCCUGCGUUGGGCAGAAUCAUAGGAGGAAUUGCAACGUUUGGCAUUUCAGAAAUUGUUCGUGACUAG